GACAAACAGCUUUACAGCUCAUGUCUAAGGACACGAGACUACAGAUGCUCUAGUGUUCUGUCUGGUACUGAAUCAUGUGAUCCAGACCCCACAGAGGAUGAGAGCACACUGGGCUGCCAUGGCUGAAAAACUGAAUGGUAAAUAAAGAGAGGUUACGUCUGAGAAAUAGAUGGAGGCUCCGGGAGAAAGGACACUGUGUUAUGGCUUUUGAUUUGGGUUUGUCUUUAUCUUUGUCCAUUUACACAUGAAAUUUAGCACGAUGAAUUUGAUUAUAUUGAGAAUUGCUUUGCUGCAGCGAUGAGAGUGGGAGUCUGCACUUGUUGCACACUGGCUGCUUCAGCUCACGUGGAAAAAAGCAGCAAAAGUCAUGUCCUUCUGUCGCCAUCAUCUGGAGAACAGCUGUCAUUGCAACAGAGCCUUAGACACCUGACUGUUCAGGCAGUGUCCACCACAAGAACAUCUUUAUUUCCCUGAAGACAUCAGCAUUAAUUAUGGAAUGUGGUUUCUAUCGGCUGUAAAGCAUAAGCCCUUGAUCAGUAAUAAGUGAUAAAUUCAUGCACAUUUGCAAGACGUAAGUAAAAGAGGAAAAAUGUCUCGAACAGAGGAGGUGAACAAGAUGACAGAGAAUGUCUAUAAGGGGAUUUUAGACCAGUUUAAUCCCAGUCUAAAGAACUUUGUGACUAUGGGAAAACACUAUGAGAAAGCCCUGACAGGGGUGACGGUGGCUGCCAAGGGGUACUUUGACGCUUUGGUGAAACUUGGAGAACUGGCGAGCGACAGCCAAGGCUCCAAAGAGCUGGGAGACACACUGUUUCAGAUGGCCGAGGUCCACAGACAGAUUCAGGUGCAGCUGGAGGAUGUGUUGAAGCUGUUUCACUCGGAGUUGCUCGCCCAGUUGGAGCAGAAGCUGGAACUUGACAUCAAAUACCUCACAGCUACUUUAAAGAAGUAUCAGGGUGAGCGGAGGUCUAAGUCUGAGUCUAUCGAGCGCUGUCAGUCUCAGCUGAAGAAACUCCGCAGGAAGAGCCAGGGCAGCCGCCACCCAAACAAGUAUGGAGACAGAGAGAUGCAGUUUGUGGAGUUGAUGAGUCGUCGACAAGGUGAGCUGGACACACUUGUGGCUACAGGUUACAGGUCAGCACUGACUGAGGAGAGAAGAAGAUACUGUUUUCUGGUGGACAGACAGUGCUGUGUUACCAAACUGCUCAUCAACUACCACUCCAAGGUGAGAGAGCUCCUGUCUCAGAAACUGUCUUCUUGGCAGCAGUCUUGUUCUCAGCCAACUAAACUCCCAGAGCGUGCACUGAAUCUUCUGCGUCACACUGCACCUCAGAGCUCAGGGGCUGCUGGGAUAGCAGAGGUCCUCCGCCACACCAAGCUUGGCUCUGCUCAGCCAGAACAGAGACUCUCUGUUCAGGAGGUCCCUCCUCUGUUGAACGGUGACUCCAGUCGCUCCCAGCAGCAGCGCCCCCUCCCCUCCACUUCUCAGAGUGACCCCUCGCUGACCCAGGACUCCCCACAGACGUUCCGUUCCCUGUCUGCCACGGGAGGAGUGAUGGCCAGCUCAUCAACAGGAGCGUCCCCUCAACAUGCCAGCACGCCCCUCAGCACGUCAGCCAGUCCCCUCACUGAGAGCAGCGGCACCCCGGCCGCCUCCACCCCCUCCACGUCCAGCAGCUCAGCUCAGCAGAGCUCUCUCCUCCUGGCUGCCAACACGUCCAACCUCUCCCCGAGUCUCAUCCCCUCCACGGUCAUGUCUCUCAGUCAGGUUUCUUCAGCCGGCAGCUCGUUGCAGGGCAUGACCCUCCCCAUCGCACACAGUGCUCCUCACAGCCCCCCACUGCCCCACAGCGCUCCUCUGUCCAGAGCUAUGACUCCUGUUCACUUACUGCAUCAGCAGGUGGGACCAGGUGGAAGCAACACUUCAUCACUAUCUCACCAUCCAUGGCUGAUGAAAGCUGCAGAGAUGUGUGCAACAGCGACACUUCCACUCCCACGGAGGCCCGUCAGUGAGAUGAGGCUCGGUGGAUUUCAGGGCUCCAGUCUGCCCCGGAUGCUGCCUUUGUCAGGACCUACGUGUGUUGAAGCUAUGUUUGCUCACAGUCCUGAUGCGUCGGAGGCUGGCAUAGGAGGCGGGGCUUGUUUACUGCACUUCCAGCCUGGCGACAACAUCACCCUGCUCAUUUCUGAGCCCAGAGAUGGAUGGCACUAUGGUCAAAAUGAGCGGACUGGACGGAAAGGCUGGUUCCCUUUCUCCUACACACAGCCACACCACAGUAAGAUGGAUCAUCUCGAGAGCUCCCUCUUCUUAUCUAAAGCUAACAGCACCAGUACGGCCAGCUCGACAAACUGGGUCUCAGGUCUCCCGGCUCUGACCCCGGAGUCAGAGGAGGAACGCUCUUUUCCUCCCCAGAGGGUCAGCACCUUCCGCCCACGCCCCUACAGCAUAGCCGAGGGAAACAAGAUCUCCACAGUUUUAGCCUCUCCUCCACCAUCUCCAACCAGGCCAAACCCAUUUGCCCAUAUCCGACUCCGAAAAACUGUCACCAAUGAUCGCUCUGCUCCCAUCAUUGAGUAAGUGGUUUAUUCACACUACGGCAGCGAUCCUUCAGUCUGUUUGUCCAUCAACUCUCAGGUUGAAUCCUGGAAACAGCACACUGGUUGAUUUGAUUUUACCGUGGUGUCUUUUUUUUGUGGCAAUUUGAUCAUGAAACACUAAACAUAUUGUGUUUCAUGGUGAGAAAUAGAGCAUUAAGUCAACAUGUAAAGACUGAUCUGUCACAUAAAUAUAAUUACUGUCUGUGGUGAAUGUGGUUGCAUAUGAAAAGUAGAAACAGGACCAAUAUUGACUGAAAAUUCAAGUGAAAUGUGGGUAUUAAAAGAAGAUGUAGGUUAGUUUAAAAAAAAAAAACAACUGAUGUUUGAUUCGUAUUUUAGUGUUUAAAAUCAGCAAACUCUAUCUUGUUCAUCCAGAAAAACUAACUGAAGUAGGUUUGUCCUGGUCUGUGAAGGACGCCAUUAUCAUUAUUAGAGUGCAAUGUUUUCUUGAUGUAACCUUCAGUGUAGGUUUAUCGUUAUCGUGGCGAUACUCAAUUUUUUUUCUUUUUGGUUAGCUGAUUUAGGGACUGGCUCCUAAUAGCAGGUUUUGGUGUAAUUUCACAUAUCACGGGAAGAGGACAGGCUCCUACUUUAAAAAUGUUAUUAUGACUCUAUUUCUUUUUGUUUUCAGCCAGAUUGUGGCAUUUUCUUGGUUUCAGAGAAGGUGAACAUUUAAAUUAACCAACCCUUGAUUUCUUAAAUGUGGUUAGAGGUGGGAAUAUUUUAAUGAAACUGGCCCACUCCAUUUAUUUCUGUUUUAAUCUUUACUUUAAAUGUGCAGAGCGAGGGCAGUGCUGUGUGAGUGUAGGAAUCAUUAUCUCCUGUUUAUGACAUACAUUCUGCUGUAAAGCCACAUAUGAACGUAGAUCAUUGUAUUAGUUUAACCUUUUACCUCAGUACAACAUGUUUCUACCUUUUAAUUGAACAUUAGCAAAACGAUUGAGAUGAAUCAUUGUACUCAAAAACCAGAAUAUGCUUAUUUAAUGUAGAGCAACAACAAGAAAAGCUUGUGAGCGUCACAUACUACUGUGACAGUUAAUAGUUGAACAUUUGGACGGUUUUAUUAUUGAGAGAAGUGUUUUUUAGGAAGUAGCAUGUUGUGGAGGGUUCUAAGUAAUGAGAAUGAGAGAUCUCAGCACUUAGUCUUUGGAUUUAAUGUCUUCUUGAUUCCUUUUCAGUCCCAAAAUCUAAAGCUAGACAAGACCUAGGCUAGUGCAUUGUAGCUGCAUGUUUACCAGUCAGACUGAGCAGAAUCCACAAGAGAGAUGUGAAAGCCAAGAUGGAUGGUAGGAUUAAGAUUUAACAAGGAAAUGUACCUUUGAAAGUGAUGAAGAAAGUAUAUGGGAAGUUGACCAACGUCUGAGCAAGUGUUCAUGGUAAACUAGAGACAUCCAAAGUAUUAUUCUGUAGUUGCUUCUGACAGAGUGUGUGAAAUGUAAAAUGUGAAAUCGUGUACCUGUGUAAACUGAAAUGGUUUAUGUUCUUGCUCUAACCACCUUGAGUUGCUGUGAAGGUUCAAGAAAUCACCCACAAGAGAUUCAACAAAUUUUGUUUUUCUAACCACAUCUGACUGUCUGAGUAGUGGGCAUCAGUAAUACAUGUGAAACAAAAUGAGAACUAAUGCUUGUAAAUAGUGCUUAGAAUGUGUAUUUAAUUGAGUUUUUUGGGGGAAAUUAUCACUUUGUAGAACAGUUUUGAACUUUGCAGCUCAAACACAGAAACAAAUUUCUACCCGUUAAGUUUAUCUGUCAUUUUUACUCAAACUCCCCUCAAAUCUGAAUGAAAAAGAAAUAAUACUUUGCAAGAAUACAGGUGAGAGCAUGAUUUAUGAUGGGUAGAUUUGUUACUGGUAAACUGACAUUUGAUGAAAGUUGUGCUUUUGGUGUGAAAGUAUGCAUCAAGAGCAAAAAAAAAAACAUACGCAUAAACAGAUUUAUAUGUAAUUUGUUUUAAAUAUUAAAUGUGCGCUGAAAUAUGUGGUAAGAUGUUAAUAUAUGAAUAAGUAUUUGACAAACUUACACAGCAUGAAGAAAUGUACUAUAGUCGUUUAUGUGUUGUCUAUUUAAUAUUCUAUUGUUCUCUUUCACAACUCAAGUGAACUAAAAAAGUUCAAAACUCUUCUACCGGUGACAAAUCGUUUUCAGAUCUGCCACUAAUUUUCGCUCGUUUCCUCAGUAAAAAAAAUGUUUUAAAAAAAGCAGAAAUAUCAAUAGAACUGCAUCAGUAUUAAAUCCUGUUUGCUGCAGAUGGUAUUAUUUCCCAAUGUUGAAUACUGCUGAGGUCAUCACUCUGUAUUGACAUGUUGUGGAAUAAACAUUUAAGGAACUCUGUGCUUUUUCUGUUUCUCUUGUAAAACAAACUUGGUCAUCUGUACUCGCUGUAAAAUGUGCAUUUACAGGAUUAUGGUAGAAUAAAGUAAACAUACACUA